AUGCCAACAAAAGGGAAACAUCACCACCUGCCCCAUCACCAACAUCAUUCACAGUCGCAUCAUCCGGCACAGCAUCAACCUCAGCUUCUAGUGAACGUCAACCAGCCGAGUGUUCAUUCGCCUCAAACCUAUAACACCGUGGUUACGACAAACACACCGCGUUUCGUACCGAAUGCUGGUGAGUACAAAGUCACAUUAUUGCAAAUUUUAUCUUCAAUUUUGUUUAAUUUUUUAUGCGUAUUGGCAUGUUGCUGCGAUUCAUAGGAUUAUGGGUUUUCUGUUUCAUGCUCACGUGUUGUUCGACGAACCACGGUCGAGUCCCCGCUCUUGACCACGGUGUCUUUCUUGGUAGUUGGAUGUCUCAAAGGACACAAGUUGGGUCGUUUCAGGUGGUAAAUUUACUGGUGGACAUAACCUGCAUGUGCUCCGUGAACAGGAAAUUUCCUGUGGCAGGAGUGGGCGGUGCGAAGAGGGAGACGCCGGUCGAGCCUUAA